AUGUCCUUACCAAGCGAUUUCCUCUGGGGAUUCGCAACCGCCGCCUAUCAGAUCGAAGGCGCCGUCGAGCAAGACGGCCGAGCCCCCACCAUCUGGGACACCUUUUGCAAGCUGCCGGGCAAAAUCGCUGAUGGCUCCUCGGGCACAACAGCCUGUGACUCGUACAACCGCACAGUAGAGGACAUUACCCUCCUCAAAUCACUGGGCGCAACGGCAUACCGUUUCUCCCUGUCAUGGACGCGCAUCAUACCGCUCGGCGGCCGGGAUGACCCCGUCAACCAACCCGGUUUAGACCACUACGUCAAAUUCGUGGACGACUUGAUCGCCGCAGGCAUCACGCCGUUCAUUACACUGCUUCAUUGGGAUGUGCCCGAUGAGUUGGACAAGCGGUAUGGCGGGCUGCUGAAUAAGGCUGAGUUUGGUCUUGACUUUGAGAACUACGCGCGCGUGUGCUUCCAGGCCAUGCCCAAGGUGAAACACUGGGCUACCUUUAACGAACCAUGGUGCUCGUCCGUAUUGGGAUACAACGUUGGGCAGUUUGCUCCAGGAAGGACGUCAGAUCGGACUAAGUCGUCUGAGGGGGAUGGCACUACGGAACCGUGGAUCGCGGCGCAUACGCUACUCAUCGCCCACGGUCGAGCAGUCAAGCUGUACAGGGAUGAGUUCAAGACACCAUCCGGCGGUGAAAUCGGCAUCGUGCUCAAUGGUGACGCCGUCUUUCCCUGGGAUCCCGCCGACCCCAAGGACGUGGAAGCCUGCGAGCGCAAGAUCGAGUUUGCCAUCUCGUGGUUCGCAGACCCCAUCUACAAGGGCGACUACCCCGAAUCCAUGAAACGCCAACUCGGCGACCGUCUACCGAAAUUCACACCCGAGGAAAUCGCCCUCGUCCACGGCUCCAACGACUUCUACGGCAUGAACCACUACACAGCCAACUAUGUCAAGCACCGUCCCGGCGAGCCCGACCCAGAAGACGUAGCCGGCCACCUCGACCUAUUAUUCUACAACAAACGGGGCUUCUGUAUCGGCGAAGAGACGCAGUCGACGUGGCUGAGACCCUGUGCCCCUGGGUUCCGCGACCUGAUGGUCUGGAUUAGCAAGCGCUACAACUACCCCAAGAUUUACAUCACCGAGAAUGGAACCAGUAUCAAGGGGGAGAAUGAUUUGCCCGUGGAGAAGAUCCUAGACGAUGACUUCAGGGUGCGGUAUUAUGAGGACUAUGUGCACGCAAUGGCGACGGCUGUGUCGUUGGACGGCGUGGAUGUGAGGGGGUAUUUUGCAUGGUCGUUGAUGGAUAACUUUGAGUGGGCGGAGGGGUAUGAGACGCGGUUUGGGGUUUGUUAUGUGGAUUAUGAGAAUGGGCAGAAGAGGUAUGCGAAGAAGAGUGCGCAGUGUUUGAAGCCGUUGUUUGAUGAAUUGAUACGGAAGGAGGGACAGUGA